AUGAGGGUACCGUGUCGGCGUCUACAUCCACAACUUUCUGCAAAAGGCACUCGGCGACCGUUCCAAUACAGCUCCUCCAAUUCCAUCGACGACCAACACCGUUCCAGUCAUUUGGAUGCUUUGCCGGGUCGACUCAUUGUCGUCCGACAUGGCCAAUCCGUCUGGAACAAGGGGUCGAAUCAGUUGGAACGCUUCACGGGCUGGACCAACGUCGGUCUUUCGGAAAACGGUCAACGACAAGCGGUACAAGCCGCUCGGAAGUUGCACGGGUACUCGAUCGAUUGUGCCUACGUGAGUCUCCUCCAGCGGUCCCAAACCACGUUGCGACUUAUGCUAGAGGAACUGAAUGAUCAAGGGCGUCGGAGUGAAGGCUACGACGAUUUGACAACCGACAUUCCCGUAAUAUCUUCUUGGAGAUUGAACGAGCGCCACUACGGAGCGUUGACGGGACAAUCGAAACUCCAAGCCGAACAGCUGUUCGGCAAGGCCCAGCUAGACCUUUGGCGUUAUUCGUACAAAAUUCCUCCGCCACCCAUGGAUCCGGACACGUUUUCGUCGUGGAAGCAUCAAGCCCAUUGCCAAAUGGCAACUUACAUACAUCAUCGGCACAAUCGUAGUCGCGUGAUAGAAAAGGGCAAUUCUGUCUGGGAUUCGUCGCGUGCCGUCAUGCCCCGCUCGGAAGCCUUUUUUGACGUCCUCCAACGCAUCGUACCGUUGUGGAAAUACGGCAUAGCACCGCGUUUGGCGCGUGGAGAAACGGUACUGCUGGUGGGGCACGCCAACUCCGUCAAGGCGCUACUGUGUCUUUUGGAUCCCCACACGGUCACGCCAACGUCCAUUGGCGCGUUGAAAAUUCCGAACACCACUCCACUCGUCUACCAAUUGAUCCGGGACUACCCCGGAGCAUCGACCUCCGUGCCGGCAUCCUUCCCAGUCCUUGGCGACCUCCGCGUAGUAAUACCUCCGUCAAAUUCAACGCGGUAUCCACUCAGCGGGACAUGGCUCGAAGACCCGCCGGUUGCUCGCGACGCUGGGACGGCCGUGGAGGAGCCCAAUGCCAGUGUUCUCGGGUAA